GCGGUGGGCGCAGCCGGCCGGGCCGCGGCCGCUCCGAGGUGAACGGCGCCGAGACGGGCUCGCGGCGCGGGGAGGCCGGGCGCGCCGCCGCUAUGAAUUCCGCCGAGCAGACCGUUACGUGGCUCAUUACCUUGGGGGUGCUGGAGUCGCCCAAGAAAACCAUCUCGGACCCGGAGGGCUUCCUGCAGGCGUCUCUGAAGGAUGGGGUGGUCCUCUGCAGGCUGCUGGAGCGCCUGCUGCCCGGGACCAUCGAGAAAGUCUACCCGGAGCCCCGGAGCGAGGGCGAGUGCCUGAGCAACAUCCGCGAGUUCCUGCGAGGCUGCGGGGCGUCCCUGCGCCUGGAGGUGUCCUGCGGAGGAGGUGGUGCUUUCCCCAUUUUGCAGCCGAGGAGACGGAGACUUGAGGAAGGAUGGUCUCAGCCGUGGCCAGCUGCUGAGGAGGUGCCAGCAUGUAGGACGGGUGCAUUCAGGACGCUCUGUAGGGCUUUGAAGACAUUUGAUGCAAACGAUUUGUAUCAGGGGCAGAAUUUCAACAAGGUCCUCAGCUCCUUAGUGACUCUAAAUAAAGUAACAGCAGACAUCGGCCUGGGAAGUGACUCCGUGUGUGCCCGGCCCUCCUCUCACCGGAUCAAGUCUUUCGACUCCCUGGGACCCCAGCCUUCGCACGGUCGGACUUCAAGACUGUUCCAGGGCCAGUAUCGGAGUUUGGACAUGACGGAUAAUAGCAACAAUCAACUGGUCGUAAGAGCCAAGUUUAACUUCCAGCAGACGAAUGAAGACGAGCUGUCCUUUGCGAAAGGCGACGUCAUCCACGUCACGCGGGUGGAGGAAGGGGGCUGGUGGGAGGGCACGCACAGCGGCAGGACCGGCUGGUUCCCCAGCAACUACGUGCGCGAGAUCAAGCCCAGCGAAAAGCCCGUGUCACCCAAAUCUGGAGCCUUGAAGAGCCCUCCCAAAGGAUUUGAUACGACUGCCAUUAACAAAAGCUAUUAUAAUGUGGUGCUACAGAAUAUUUUGGAAACAGAAAAUGAAUAUUCUAAAGAACUUCAGACUGUGCUUUCAACCUAUCUACGGCCACUGCAGACCACUGAGAAGUUAAGUUCAGCAAACACUUCAUAUUUAAUGGGAAAUCUAGAAGAAAUAUGUUCUUUCCAGCAAAUGCUUGUACAGUCUUUAGAAGAAUGUACCAAGAUGCCUGAAGCUCAGCAGAGAGUCGGAGGCUGCUUUUUAAACCUGAUGCCGCAGAUGAAGACCUUGUACCUUGCGUAUUGUGCCAACCACCCGUCUGCAGUGAGCGUCCUUACGGAGCACAGUGAAGAGCUGGGCGAGUUCAUGGAGAUGAAGGGCGCCAGCAGCCCCGGCAUUCUCGUGCUGACCACCGGCCUCAGCAAGCCGUUCAUGCGCCUGGACAAGUACCCCGCGCUGCUCAAGGAGCUGGAGAGGCACAUGGAGGAUUAUCAUCCAGAUAGACAAGAUAUUCAAAAAUCCAUGACUGCCUUCAAAAACCUUUCAGCGCAGUGUCAAGAAGUACGGAAAAGGAAGGAGCUGGAGCUGCAGAUCCUGACGGAAGCCAUCCGGAGCUGGGAGGGAGAUGACAUUAAGACCCUGGGCAACGUCAUUUACAUGUCCCAGGUCCUGAUUCAGUGCGCUGGGAGCGAGGAAAAGAAUGAACGGUAUCUUCUGCUCUUCCCAAAUAUUUUGCUAAUGUUGUCUGCCAGUCCUAGGAUGAGUGGUUUUAUAUACCAGGGAAAGCUGCCAACGACAGGAAUGACAAUCACAAAGCUUGAGGACAGUGAAAAUCAUAGAAAUGCAUUUGAAAUAUCAGGGAGCAUGAUUGAGCGGAUCUUGGUGUCCUGCAGCGACCAGCAGGACCUCCACGAGUGGGUGGACCGUCUGCAGAAGCAGACGAAGGUCACCUCUGCCGGGAACCCCGCCGUCAAGCCUCACCCUGUGCCGUCUCACACCCUCCCCUCCCACUCCAUCACCCCGUCCAGCAAGCACGCGGACAGCAAGCCCGUGCCGCUGACGCCCGCCUACCACACGCUGCCUCACCCCUCCCACCACGGCACUCCGCACACCACCAUCAACUGGGGGCCCCUGGAGCCUCCGAAGACCCCCAAGCCCUGGAGCCUGAGCUGCCUGCGACCCGCACCCCCUCUCCGGCCCUCAGCUGCUCUCUGCUACAAGGAGGAUCUCAGCAAGAGUCCCAAGACCAUGAAAAAGCUGCUCCCCAAGCGCAAGCCUGAGCGGAAGCCUUCGGACGAGGAGUUCGCGCUGAGGAAGAGCACGGCUGCGCUGGAGGAGGAUGCCCAGAUUCUGAAGGUCAUCGAGGCUUACUGCACCAGCGCCAAGACGCGGCAGACGCUCAACUCGACAUGGCAAGGCACUGACCUGAUGCAUAAUCACGUCUUGGCUGAUGACGACCAGUCAAGUCUAGACUCCCUGGGUCGUCGCAGCAGCCUUUCUCGUUUGGAGCCUUCAGACCUCUCGGAAGACUCUGACUAUGACAGUAUAUGGACAGCCCAUAGUUACAGGAUGGGUUCUACAUCUCGUUCACGCAAAGAAUCUGCGCCACAAGUUUUGCUUCCAGAAGAAGAGAAAAUUAUAGUUGAAGAAACUAAAAGUAACGGUCAGACAGUGAUAGAAGAAAAGAGUCUCGUCGACACCGUGUAUGCACUGAAGGAUGAAGUCCAGGAGUUACGACAGGAUAACAAGAAGAUGAAGAAAUCUCUGGAGGAGGAGCAGAGAGCCCGCAAAGACCUGGAAAAGCUGGUGAGGAAGGUUCUAAAGAACAUGAACGAUCCCGCUUGGGAUGAGACCAACCUCUAAGGAACGUCCUGGGUUCUUUCUCGAAGACUGGUUACGAGACCAAGCUGGAGCCCCGUGACCACAACCGAGUGACUCUCAGGACCGCAGAGCAGGGCUGCACGGAAGUCCUCUUGCCUUCUGUGCGUAGAAAAGCUGCAGCUGAUCACGGCCGUGGCGUUCCUGAAGAACCAGCGUGAGGUAUAGACGCCGAGGCCGGACUGUGCUACCUUCCUCUCAACAUCUCAGUACCUCAUUUUGCAAUAAGUGCAGUGACUGCGUCUGGUCUUUCAGGCUUUGAUUGAAUAUAUAUAAAUGUUACAUAUACGCUGCCUGUAAAUGGCUCGGUUUUGAAAGCGUAUCCGUGGUUGUCGUGUCGGGGCUGAUGGCUGUGCUACAGUCCCCCUCCACUAACCUCUCUGGUCCCGCGCACUGGGACGCGUGCUCACGCACUCGUGGGAAGCAGAGUCUGGGGAGCGCACAGGUGUUCCUGGGAGAUGCCUGCUCUGUUCUCCGCCACCGCAGUGCUCCGAAAACGCCUCCCACUGCAGUCUGCCUAGACAACUCACCUUGUUCGUACCUGCAGAGACACCUUCAUCCCGCUGGAGAGUCUCCUGGUAAAGCAGUACCGCAGUCACUGGCGUGCGGCACUCUGGCUGAACUCGGGGGUCUGGGCCUCAGCCCCGAACACAAGAAAUCGCGUCUGCCGCCACUGUGUCCAGCGACAGGUGUGCACGCGUCCGCUUCUUGUGAACACCUGAGCGUUGGAGGGUGUCCGGCCCGCUGGGGGGGCCUGACGUGUAGGCUGGUUUAAUACCUUGGCCAGGCGCACUGUUUUGUCCUCCCCCGAGAGAGCAAGCUCACUAGAGCCUGUAAAUAAAGUGUGUUAUUUAUUACACGUCGCCGCAGCCCGCGAGGGUGAGCCGUCCCGCGGGUGGGGUUUCUGUGUGAGGCCGGUCUGACCCCGAGACCUGCUCUCCCGUUGGGUGCAACAGGCAGAACAGGCAGGCCUUCCGUGCUCGCUGAAAAGGCAGUGUUUCCACUGUUUCAGCAAGAAUGAAGCAAUAUACGCCUGAGAUUCCCCUAAGGAGUGGGAGCUGAAAUGUGCCCCACCCCCUGCCCCACCUCCACCCCCGCCCCACCUCCACCCCCGCCCCACCU